CGGCGCGCGCGAUGCACACGCACGUGACCUUCUCAAACCUCGAUCUCUCUCCAAGACCACCUCGACCGCGAUGGAAAGCCUUCAAGCACGCAUCGACUCCUUUCUUAAAUCCAAGCGCGUAAAGAAGAGUUCAAAAUCCAACUCUACCUCCGCAACCGUGAAAUGGCCUCAUCCUUCCUCCUUCAACGCUAACCCGCACACCCUUGCCGAAGCAGGUUUCUACUGGGUACCAAGCUGGGAAGACAGGGAUAGCGUGGCUUGCUUUCUGUGUCACAAAGAGCUGAGCGACUGGGAUGAGGAGGAUAAUCCUUUCCUGAUUCAUUGGCAGAAGUGUGGCAGUACCUGUGCAUGGGCAAUAGUCCGGUGCGGACUCAGUGAGGAUAUUACAGAGGAUGGGAGCUUUGUUUUCUUGAACAAGAAACGCUUACCAACGAGCAAGGCGAUGGAGAAGGCACGUCUUCAGACAUUCGGCGAAAACUUGUGGCCUCAUGACGAGCAAGAUAACCACGGCGCUAGCUCAAAGAAGAUGGCUCAGGGAGGGUUCGUGUAUACCCCUCAAACAAAGGGUGAUGAUACUGUGACCUGCUUGUAUUGCAACCUCUCACUGGGUGGCUGGGACACUGACGAUGAUCCAAUGUGGGUACAUGAAGUUCUCCCCUUGAGACGUAAGGUGACCCAUCCAUGACAGAGGGGAACAUAAGACACGUGACACCAAAUCCGGUACUCGAUGCCCGUUUUUCAGCACAUCAGGUAGCAAACCCCGCACUGUUUCACGAGCACGGACGAAGAAAGGGGCAAUUGAUGUUUCACCCGAUCCCAAACCUGAACAGUCCGACUCGGGUGACGAACUCGCGAAGG